AAUUUUAACAAGAUUUUAGCAAUGUAAUAAAUACGACCAUCUAAUGAACAGAUAUUCGCAAAACUCAAAACUAGCUGGGAUAUUAAGUUUGGUUUAAAUGUAAAAACGGCUUGCCAUAUGGGGCGUGUCUCUGUUGACGUUGUAUAUAGAGGGGAAUUCCCAGUACUAGUAGUCUGUAGAAGUGUUACUGAAUAUCUGUUCAGCACUUGGAGUUCGGACGUAUAACAAACCUACGACACGGGUGUUAUGGAUGUGCAUUCCCUCUCAAUGCACAGGGAUCCCCAUUUAAUGGGAGAGCCAUGUGUUCAGAUCUUCGAGCAGCCUAAACAGAGAGGCAUGCGUUUCAGAUACAAAUGCGAAGGUCGUUCUGCGGGCAGCAUACCAGGAGAAAGAAGCUCUGACAAUAACAGAACCUACCCAAGCAUUCAGAUUCUGAAUGUCACUGGCAAAGGAAAAGUACGUGUUACUUUGGUGACCAAAAGCGAACCUUACAAACCCCAUCCCCAUGACCUGGUGGGAAAAGACUGCAAGGAUGGAUAUUACGAGGCAGAGUUUGGACCUGAGCGAAGGGCCAUUGCUUUUCAGAAUCUGGGCAUCCAGUGUGUGCGGAGAAGAGAAGUGAAGGAUGCUAUCAUGCAGAGGGUCACACGAGGAAUCAACCCCUUCAAUGUUCCCCGUGAGCAGCUGCUACAGACUGAAGAGUAUGAUCUGAACGUGGUGCGUCUGUGCUUCCAGAUUUACCUUCAGGAUGAGAGCGGGAUGUACAACACCAUGCUGCCUCCCAUCGUUUCCAACCCCAUCUAUGACAACAGGGCCCCGAACACAGCCGAGCUGCGGAUCUGCCGGGUGAACAAGAAUAGCGGCAGUGUGAAGGGAGGCGAUGAGAUUUUCCUGCUCUGCGAUAAAGUGCAGAAAGAUGACAUUGAGGUGCGGUUCUUCACUCAGGCCUGGGAGGCCAAAGGCUCUUUCUCUCAGGCAGAUGUGCACAGGCAAGUGGCCAUAGUGUUCAAGACCCCUGCUUACUGUGACACCAGCAUCACUGCCCCGGUCACUGUGCGCAUGCAGCUGCGCCGGCCCACAGACCAGGAGGUCAGUGAGCCCAUGGAGUUCAGAUACCUGCCUGAUGACAAAGAUCCCUACGGCUGUCGAGAGAAGAAACGUAAAAUCGACAUGCAGAUGAAAUCCUCCUUCCCAAGCUUCUCCCAAGGAGCCAUGAGCUUCAUGAACAGAACAAAAGCUGUGACUUCAGCCAACUUGAUGAAUCAGAGAAUCAAAACCGAGCCACCAAAUUAUUAUCGCUCACCAAACCAAGGGGUGACCCGCCAAAAUCAGCCAGUCUAUUAUAACAAAGGCCUUCCGUCCUGCCCCAUGAUGCAACAUCAAUCAGAAACCCAGGCACCAGGAGCUCUAAGUCAAUGGACCAGUCAAGUCACCAACACCACUGUGCCCAAUAACGGUGUAGGUCUACAGCAGGUGAAUUCAAGUCCCAGCAUGCCAACCGCAGGGGAAAAUGGAAACAGCCUUCCUCUGUUGACCUCAAUGGAUCUAGAGAUUCUUCAACCCAAUGGACCAACCGGCAACCAGCCUCGACAGGACCUACUAAACCAGCAGGUUCAGCAAUCCCAACAGCCACCACAAAGACAAGGACAGGAAGGAGCCUGGUUUAACUACGGCUCCCAACAGCCUCAAAACACACAAAAUGGAGCAUCCAGUGGGUCACUAGCAACGGGCUACCAGUUUACAGGCGGCUUAGAGGAUGAUAUCUUCCAAAGCCUCAUGGGUAAUCAUCAACCAGGCAUCCAGUUGAAACAGGAACCUCAAGGGCUGAGCAACAUGACUCCAUUGGUCAACUCGGAUUGUGUACAGUCCUUCACAGCCCUCCUAAACUGCAACAAUGGAAGUACUCCAGAACACAUGAGGCAAAUAGACCCCAAUGGCGCCAAUCAGAGGGUCUCGCAGAUACAGUACCCUUCUGGAAAUAUGGGGCAGGAGAGCCAUCUUGAGCACUACGCCUGGCACUUUCCCGAAUAGAGUCAUUGUUGUUGGUUUUACUUAAGCGUAGGCUACGGUUUAUGUUCGCUGAAUGUAUUUUUGAUGAAAGAUUUGGAGGGGUUGUUGUGUAGGGAUUACUGUAAAUGCUGAUUCACACCGCACUGAUAGAUGCAGGGACAAUCAAAGAGAUUACAGUACAUCACUAUUUGACCCUAUAAAUGCCAUGAGAAAACAUGGGAAUGAUUGCUGACAAGAGAAAAUGUGCUGAUCCACAAAAAAAAAACAACCAACUGUCAAUGCGGUAAGAGUUGGCUUUAAUAUGGUGCCAAAGUUUGCUUAAACUUUGAGAUUUUACAAAACAUUUAUGUAUAUAACAGUCUGAUAGUCAUACUGGAGAAGUUUGGGAUGGUUGACUCAAAUGCUUACGUAUGGCAGGGUAAUUGUGUUCCUUAGCAUGGGAACUAACAGGGAAUUUAUCCCUGGGUAAUGGCUAUGUCAUUUUAACCAUAUCUAAGGUUCUCAAAUGUUCUUUUCAAACAAGAUUUUCUUCGGUAACUCGAAAGUAAGAUGACAGUUUUUGAAAAAAUGUGUACCAGUUUCUCAUUCUGUUAAUACUUCAUGCAGCAUACACUUAUAAGGUUUGCUUUUAUGUCAUCAAUGGUGGAUUUUUGUAUUUUUAUAAAGUUUAUACUACUGAACGUGGAUUUUGUGAUUUCCGUGUGUGUAUUCGGUCUUAGAUAAUCUGUUUUGCGUUCCUCAGUUCAGGUGAAUAAAAUAUUCAAAUCUGUAA